CCGAGUCUUGUUUAAAAUGUUGAUUCCAAUUAGGCUACCAAAUUUGAAGGGAUUCUGAGUUGCUACGAAAAUUAAGUUUCUGCGCUUAGUUUGAUCUCCCUUUUCACUUCUGUUGAUCCAACUGCUCCAUGAACUACUUCUUCUACAUCACUGGGCAACACAACUAAUGGUUUUUUUUAGACUGACUAAUUGAUGGAAAACUCUUCUAUCGUUGGUGCAGUCUCAACUUCAUUAGUAACAUAUUUUGAAUGAAAACAAAAUUUCUAUUUUGACAUGUCCAGUUAUGAAGUUCUAUCUUAAUUACUGUUCUUGGAUAAUUGUAUCAGGUGACAAUAGUGAACUAACGAGUUUGAAUAGGCCAGAGGGAAGGGUUUUUGAUUGGAUGUUUGAGCCCAUGAGCAUCAUGAAAGAGCAGCUCAAGAGCCUAAACUUGACAGAGACCGAAGAGUUGUAUCUCUACAAAUUUUGUCUAUACAGUGGCGACAUGGUGAGAAUUCAAGCUUGGCAAAAUGGUGGCUUCCCCCCACAAGAUGACAUUAGAAGAGCUCAAUUGGAGGGAUUAAGUCGAAGGUUGCAAGGUUUUUGUUUGACAGUCUCAAGACUGCCAACAUGCCGACGACGAUUCAGCGAAGUUGUGAAAGAGUUAGAACAUGAAUCAAAACGACGACGAUCAGACAAGUUUGAUGUUGGUGCUGAUUCAGAAGCAACAGCUGCAUAGGAAAUUUUAUUAAUUUGACGAUGACACAGUUGCUUUUGAUUGUUAUGAAUUUCUUUCAUUGUCAAUCCCAACAUUUUUUUUGAUGAAAUCAUGG